GCGAAAAUUCUCCCCCCAACAACGAAGAGGCCCCUGGAACUGUUCACUGUGUGUGCACGCGAGCAUAAACAAAACGCCAGACACGGCCAUGUCUCAGCGUCUGCGACCGCUCCAUCCACCGCUUCCAGCGUUUUCCCGCGUGACCAAUCGUCCAAACUGCCAAAUUUGCUAGCUCAGCCAAUGUGAGCCUCGGAACGCGGCGAAUUUCUGAACCAAUCACGACCCUGCUAUUCACUCAGCGCGGAUCAGCCUUAGUCUGGCACCCUCUCCGGCCCAUUUUGCGUCAUAACGGCUGGGGUCGACCAAUUUUCCAAGCCUCGUGCUGCAGAGCAGAGAACCUCCCAACUGUUCUCCACAGUUCUCAUCGUACGAGGACACCGAGUAACCACCGCCAGCAUGCACAACAUGUUGACAUCUGCCAUGGCGACCGCUGCCGCCCACCACUUGACGACGCGUGAGGCUCUCAGUGGUAUCUGGGGCUCUAUCAGUCUCUGCGCCUGGAUCUUCCUAUUGGUCCCUCAGUUGAUCGAAAACUACAAGUCUGGCUCCGCAGACGGCAUCUCUCUCGUCUUCCUCGCUAUCUGGUUCAUCGGCGAUGUCACAAACCUCGCAGGCGCCCUCUGGGCCGGCCUCGUGCCCACAGUCAUUGCGCUGGCCAUGUACUUCUGCGUCGCAGACCUGAUCCUCAUAACCCAAUGCGUAUACUACAACACCAUCAACGCCCGCCGCACCGCCCGCAAAACCUCCACGCAGUCCACAAACUCCGUCGAAGCGCCCCUCCUUGGCCGCCGCGACAGCUCCAACAUCGGGCUCCCUGGGAGCCACAGGCGAGACAGCCAAGCCUCGCGCCGCCGCCGCGCAUCCUCGCUGCCUACAAUCCUCGACGUCGACGAGCAGCCGAGCGAGUGGAUGAAGAACACGCUCAGCAUCUUCGGCGUCCUGGCUGUCGGCGCUGCAGGCUGGGCAAUCGCGUGGAAGAGCGGUGUUUGGGUGCCGCAGCCUACCAGCACCGAUGACGCGGGGCCGAUUGCGCUUGGGGCUGAGAUCUUGGGGUACGCAAGCGCUAUCUGCUAUCUCGGCGCGCGCAUUCCGCAGAUCAUUAAGAACCAGCGCGAGAGGUCGUGCGAGGGACUGAGCCUGCUCUUCUUUAUAUUGAGUUUGUUGGGCAACGCGACGUACGGCGCCGGUAUCCUGUUCCACUCCACAGAAAAAGAGUACUUCCUCACCAACCUCCCCUGGCUGAUCGGCUCGCUGGGCACCAUGGUCGAGGACGCCAUUAUCUUUGUGCAGUUCCGCGCGUUUGGCAGCGGAGAGGCUUCCUCUGCGCUGGAGGCGUAAUCGUGCUUAUAAGGCUUUGUCUUCGAUCUGGCGUUAGAAGGGUAACCAAAAAGAAUGGGUUUGGCUUGAUUUGAUGUUAGGAGAGCAGAUUGCUCCCUGAGAGAUACCCGGUCAGGUGGACAACAAGGGUCGCUCGUACGUUUUGCUGUACAUACGUCAUACUUCACGUAUCUAGUCACGAACGAAUCUAGUCACGAAUGAAGUAUCUCGUCACGAAUGAAUCUAGUCACGAAUGAAUGUACAUAUGAUCAAACGCAAGUGCA